AACAGCUGUUAAUAGUUGUGGAAUUUGGGUUAGAAUGUUUUGGUAGAAUACUUGCCGUUAAUUCUGUUCACAAUUUUAAUAAAACAAUAUUCGAAUUAAAAAAAAUAAUGCUUUCUUCCGAGGACUAUCGCGAAUGUCUGGUUAAGAACCUCAUAACCAUAAGAGAUUCUAUUAAAGUACACGACCAACUGGUGGAGUCAGAAAAGGAAAUACAGCGUGGAGUACUCGAUAGACUUUGGGUGCUAUCUCAGCGUUACUCGAUCAUAAGCAAGGGAGCACCUACAAAGCUCAAUUUUCCAGCAGUGCAUCCUCCAGAAGGGGAAAUCAAAGCUGAAUUCCUUGCCAAAUUCUGCUCACUCGAAAGUUCAAACUUAAAACUCACAACGUCCCUUUCAAACGUUAAGAAUACCUUCAGCGCUUUAGAAAAGUUUUUAGAUCAAAUGGAAGUGGAGCAUCUAUCAGUGCUGGACCAAGCAACUAGUCUGCAACUUCCCUUUAGUUCCUGCCUUGAGAUGCUCGCAGACCUCAUAAAAUAUUUCACAAAGCUACAGAGUCAAAUGAACUGCUUUGCACUUUUACUACGCCCAGAUAGUGUGUCGUCUGUGGAGCUUUACAAAAAGUUUUUAAAGCCAAAUCAAGAUUUUAGUGAACAUUUAAGUAAAUCCUUAGCAAUGUUACACAUUUUAAAGAAAACCAAGUCAUAACGAA